AUGGGUUUAUUUAAUAGUGGAAAAAAUGAAAAAGUUGAGAAAGUGAGUAAAUAUGAACGACAUUAUAAUGUUCCAAAAAAUUCAUCACAUCGUCGUUCAUCAAAACAUCGUUCAAAUCAAGGUGAAUCUGCUCCUCCCGUUCGAGCUAUGUCUCAACCACCAUUAAUGCGUUUUGGUGCUGGCUAUUUUCCACCAACAAAUGUAUUUAAUCCAGCUAUGGCUCCUAAUGUUCUAUCUCAAAUGCGAUAUCCAAUGACACCUUAUGAUUUAAGCAAAUAUCCAUCACCAACAACCUAUUCAACGAAUCCAUUUAAUGGUGCUCAAAUGGCGCCAAUCAAUCUAUCACCUAUUUGGAAUAAUGGAAUGCCAUUAGUUAAUAAUCGAUCGGCAUUUCAACAACCAUUAAAUGAUUAUCAACAAGUAGCUUGGCCUUUAAUGACUCCAUCAAAUAAUGGAUAUAUGCAACCUAUGCAAUUUUAA